CGCCACACGCCACAAUUCGAGCGAAGUGGCUGAAGCGGAAAACUACAAGUCGUGCAUCUUUUCCUCAGCCGGCAUGUAAAUACUACCUUAUUUACGCGUUGUAUUUAAACGCUAAUGUUUAUUUCUACUAGAAGACAGCUAAUCCGCUGUGUGCAGCGCACCAAAAGUAGCAAGUACGUUGUGGGGUGGAUUUUAUUGUGUGCCCUAAUGAAACAGUGAAAUGCUGCCCACGGGUCCACAUCGGCGACUUCUCGGGCUUUUGUCCUGUUUUGUUUUACUUUUACAAGUCACGAACGCGAAGAGGGAUUUAAAAAGCGCUUGUGUGACCUGCCAACGGAUUACUGACAAUUUCCAAAAGGGCUAUGAGAGAACUGCAAAGCAAAAUUUUGGUGGGGGCAACACGGCCUGGGAGGAGAGGAAAUUGUCCAAAUAUGAGACAAGUGAAAUCCGACUGAUGGAGAUCGUGGAGGGGUUGUGCGACAGUAGCAGCUUUGAGUGCAACCGGAUGCUCGAAGAGCACGAGGAGCGGUUUGAGACGUGGUGGUUUAAAAGGAAAACGAAACAUCCUGAUUUGCAUAAGUGGUUCUGCAUUGACACCAUAGAAGUGUGCUGUCCGAAAGGCACAUUUGGACCUGACUGCAAUGCUUGCGUCGGAGGCCCCGAGAAACCGUGUCACGGGAACGGCAAGUGCGACGGCGACGGAACCCGCGGAGGGGACGGCAAGUGCACGUGCGACGUCGAGUACACGGGGGACUUCUGCCUGGACUGCAUCGACGGCUACUUUAACGAAGUGCGCAACGACUCCUUUUCCCUGUGCACGGAAUGCCAUUCCUCCUGCAAGACGUGCAGCGGGGCGACCAAUCGGGACUGCAACGAGUGCAAGGAUGGUUGGGUGGAAGAUGACCAGGAAUCCUGCAUUGAUGUAGACGAGUGCUCCAAAGACUCACCUCCAUGUCAAGAAGAUCAAUACUGCAUCAACACAGAAGGCUCCUACUCCUGCAAAGGUUGUGAGGAAGAGUGCGCGGGCUGCACUGGAGCCGGUGCAGACAAGUGCCAGGCGUGCGCCAGGGGCUACCAAGACACUGAGGGCACCUGCACAGAUAUCGAUGAGUGCUCCCACACCGAGUCGGUGUGCACAAAGGAGCACCAGCAGUGUGUCAACACCAAAGGCAGCUACAAGUGCGUCUGCGCCGCCAGCUAUGAGGACAAAGAAGGAGAGUGUGUCCAAAAGCCACAAGAGGACCAAGAAGAGGAGCCGGCAGUAUCUGAGACGGAUGAGAGUCCUCAUGCAGAGCUCUGAUGAGAAAAGAGGCACUGACCAGAAAGAACUUUGGGGGAAUAUUUGACGCUGCUCAUUAUAAACACAGAAAAAAACACUUACAGGACUUAAACAGCAGCCAGCAAAAAAAAAAAGUUUUCUACCUGUGGAGUAAGGAGUCAUUGAGAUUUUAUGCCGUUGUUGCUUGUCUCUGUUGUGCAUUUGUCCUUAUUUUUUGUGUUGUUUUAAAGUAAAUAAAGGUGUUAUAAAUAAAGCAGAUGCAAUCUAA